UUUUGAGAGCGACAGGGAGCCCAUGGAAGGGUUAAGGGAAUAGAGAGAGUCCGCCUGCCUAGAGAGGCCUGGAAAGGGACCCCCCCCCCACCUCCCCGCUCGCAGAGAAAGGUGCGCACGGCAGAGAUGCGACGCGCAGGGCGAGGGGAACCAGCAGCUUCUUUUCACUUCUGAGCUCCCUAGGAAGUUUGAAAGAGUCUGAUCCUGCAAACCUAGCGAGGAUGGAAGGGGGAAGAUGGACGGUUGACUUGGUCAGGCUGCCUCCUGCAUCCCUCCCCAAAACAGUUGAGCAUUCCCUCCCAGGGCCCUCAGAGAGAUCUGGAACUGGCAGCUUGUUUUCACUUCUGAGCUCCCUAGGAAGUUUGAAAGAGUCUGAUCCUGCAAACCUAGCGAGGAUGGAAGGGGGAAGAUGGACGGUUGACUUGGUCAGGCUGCCUCCUGCAUCCCUCCCCAAAACAGUUGAGCAUUCCCUCCCAGGGCCCUCAGAGAGAUCUGGACCCUGCAGCUUGCUUUGGUUUCUGAGUGCCUCACGAAGGAUGAAAGAGGCUGAUCCUGCAAACCUAGUGAGGCUGGAAGGUGGAAGAUGGACAGUUGACUUGGUCAGGCUGCCUCCUGCAUCCCUCCCCAAAACAGUUGAGGAUUCCCUCCCAGGACCCUCAGAGAGAUCUGCAGGUGACGCAGACAAUCAACAGAACUCUGCAGAAUGUGGAAUGAGCUUCAUUGCUGGUGGAGACCUUACAAACCAUCAACAGACUCAUGCAGGGAGUAAACAAUUUCAUUGUACUGUGUGUGGAAAGAGCCUUAGUCGGAAAAGUAGGCUUGAAGAGCACCAGCGAACUCACACAGGGGAAAAACCAUUUCAGUGUAAUGAGUGUGGAAAGAGCUUUGUUGGGAAAGGUACGCUUGAAAAGCACCAACAAACUCACACAGGGGAAAAACCAUUUCAGUGUAAGGAGUGUGGAAAGAGCUUUGGUCGGAAAAAUACGCUUGAAAAGCACCAACGAACGCACACAGGGGAAAAACCAUUUCAGUGUAAGGAGUGUGGAAAGAGCUUUGGUGAGAAAGGUACGCUUGAAAAUCAUCAACGAACUCACACAGGGGAAAGACCAUUUAAAUGUAUGGAAUGUGGAAAGAGUUUUAGUCGUAGUGACGUUCUUAAACUACAUCAGCAAAUUCAUACAGGGGAAAAACAAUAUGAAUGUGUGGAAUGUGGGAAGUGCUUCAGGCAGAGUGGAAAGCUUACAAGACACCAACGGACUCACACAGGAGAGAAACCAUUUACAUGUAUGGAGUGUGGAAAGAGUUUUAGUCGUAAUGACAUUUUUAAACUACAUCAGCGAAGUCAUACAGGGGAGAAACCAUUUAAAUGUAUGGAGUGUGGAAAGAGCUUCAAUCAGAGUGCACAACUUUAUUUACAUCAUCGAACUCACACAGGGGAGAAACCUUUUAAAUGUAUAGAGUGUAAAAAGAGCUUCAGUGACGGGGGAACACUUAGAAAACAUCAACUAAUUCACACAGGGGAAAAGCCAUUUACUUGUAUGGAGUGUGGAAAGAGAUUCCGUCAUAGCAAUUCACUUCGAAAACAUGAACGGACUCACACAGGGGAGAAACCAUUUGAAUGUCUAAAGUGUGGAAAGUGGUUCAGCCGAAAGACACACCUCACUUCACAUCAGCGAACUCACACGGGGGAGAAACCAUUUAAAUGUUUGGAAUGUGGAAAGACUUCCAGUGAUAGUCGAACGCAUGCAGAACAUCAACGAAUUCACACAGGGGAGAAACCAUUUAAAUGUAUGGAGUGUGGAAAGUGUUUCCGUCAGAGUGCAAACCUUACAACACACCUGCAAACUCACACAGGGGCUAAACCAUUUAAAUGUAUGGAGUGUGGAAAGAGUUUCCGUCAGAGUGCAAACCUUACAACACACCUGCAAACUCACACAGGGGCUAAACCAUUUAAAUGUAUGGAGUGUGGAAAGAGUUUCCGUCAGAGUGCACACCUUACUACACAUCAAUAUACUCACACAGGGGUGAAACACUUUAAAUGCUUGGAGUGUGGAAAGAGCUUCAGUCGACGUGAUAGACUUAGUGAACAUCAGAGAAUUCACACAGGGGAGAAACCAUUUAAAUGCAUGCAGUGUGGGAAGAGGUUCACUCAUAGUGCAGGCCUUAGAAUACACCGGCAAACUCACACUGGGGUGAAAAACUUUAAAUGCUUGGAGUGUGGAAAGAGCUACAGCCGACGGAAUAGCCUCACUUCCCAUCAAAGAAUUCAUACCGGGGAGAAACCCUAUCAGUGCUUUGAAUGUGGAAAGAACUUCAGUCGGAAGGAAAAUCUCACUUCCCAUCAAAGAAUUCAUACAGGGGAGAAACCCUAUCAGUGCUUGGAAUGUGGAAAGAGCUUCAGCCAGAGCCAUCGUCUCACUUCUCAUCGAAGAAUUCAUACAGGGGAGAAACCCUAUCAGUGCUUGGAAUGUGGGAAGGGCUUCAGUAGAAAGGACAGUCUCACUUCCCAUAAAAGAAUUCAUACAGGGGAGAAACCCUAUCAGUGCUUGGAAUGUGGGAAGAGCUUCAGUCAGAGGAAUGGUCUUAUUUUGCAUCGAAGAAUUCAUAGAGGGGAGAAAAUAUAUCAGUGUUUUGAAUGUGGGAAGAGCUUCAGUCAGAGCUCCAAUCUUACUUACCAUCAAAGAAUCCAUACAGGGGAGAAACCCUUUCAGUGCUUGGAAUGUGGGAAGGGCUUCAGUCGAAAGGACAGUCUCACUUCGCAUCAAAGAAUUCAUACUGGGGAGAAACCAUAUCAGUGCUUGGAUUGUGGAAAAAGCUUCCUUCACAGAGAAAAUCUCACUUCCCAUCAAAGAAUUCAUACAGGGGAGAAACCCUAUCAGUGCUUGGAAUGUGGAAAGAGCUUCAGUCACAGGCAGUAUCUCACUUCCCAUCAAAAAGUUCAUACAGGGGAGAAACCAUAUCAGUGUUUUGAAUGUGGUAAGAGCUUCCGUCAGAGGCAGUAUCUCACUUCCCAUCAAAGAAUUCAUACAGGAGAGAAACCCUAUCAGUGCUUGGAAUGUGGAAAGAGCUUCAGUCGAAAGGACAGUCUCAGUUUGCAUCAAAGAAUUCAUACAGGGGAUAAACCAUAUCUGUGCUUCGAAUGUGGGAAGAGCUUCAGUCACAGGCAGAUUCUCACUUCCCAUAAAAGAAUUCAUACAGGGGAGAAACCAUAUCAGUGCUUCGAAUGUGGGAAGAGCUUCAGGCAAAGCACCUCUCUCGCUUACCAUCAAGGAAUUCAUACAAGAGAGAAAACUACUUAGUGUUUGAAACAGGGGAAGAGCUUCAGUGUUCCAGUUUGCAAACUCUGCUUCAGAAGCCGAACGUGCUCAUGAGCUUUUGCUUUUACUGUUGCGCUGCUAAUUUGUGCCCCCCUGCAUUGUAAUCAAUUCCUUCUUCCUUCCGUUUUCACUGUUGCGCAGCUAAUUGUUAGCAUUUGUCACCCGGGGGCCAAUUCUUAGACUGCCCCCAGAGCUAAGAAAGCCGGUGCAC